AAAAGCCACGAAAACAAAAUAAUUAAGUUUGCCGAUUAUUUUUAUUGACUUUUAUUAUUUUAUAACUUAAACUACGGCCUCGGUCGUACAUUUUUAAAAGCGAUUGAAAUCGCAUGAUUUAAGCUGUUUGUAAUUGUUGUGACAUGAUUUUAUAUGCAUUAAUAUUAAGAAGCCGGGAUCUUCUACCUUUGACAUCCACUACUAAUUAUCACUGUAACGGGGAAAGUGCUAUUGAUCUAAAAGGAAUCAAUCGAAUUGUGAAAAACAUAUUAAAAAGAUCGGAUACUACAAAAAAUAAGUGCUUUUUACGCCUUAACGAAAAAACUUACUAUUUUCUACCAUGUUUAAAUAUAAUCUGUAUGGCAAUGUGUAUAUCUUCAUACCCCCAAGUUCUGGCUUACAGCUUUUUAGAAGAAUUAGCUGGGGAAUUCACAAAGAAAUAUGAUCGCUUUAAAGUUGAGCAAGCUUUAAGGCCUUAUAGCCUGAUAGAAUUCGAUACUACAAUACAUCCUAUUCAGCAAACAUAUAAUAAACCUCAACAACUUACAUCUAGAAUUAACUUAUCUGAAAUCACACGUGAUAUUAGUUUGGAUCCACCUCAAGAAGUAUUUUUAAUUGAAGCUAACUCAUCUCAUAAAAAUCAUACACAUCAGGUUAUUCCUCCAACAGUAAGAGUUGGACCAUUACCUACAUUAGAGCCAUUAUCAUUUUUGGACAAAACUGUGAUGGUUUUGACAAUGAGUUUAAUUAUUCAUAGUGUAGUUGAUAUUUUGGGGGUAUUGAACAGCUGGUCUUCAGAAGAAGAAACUUCCCUAGAUACUAGUUGGUUACAUUUUUGUAGUAUUCUUUUACGACUUGCUCAACUGUAUGUUCUCACACAAAAACAAAUGUACAGGCAAAUAAAGGGAUGGGUUUUAUUUGUUAUGUUAUUAAUUUUAGGUUGGUUUUUAUUUUGUGAAGAAGAAAGAUGGAUUUUAAGUUUAGUGUUUAUUAUCACUUCAUUUACACAUGUAUGCAUAUUAAGGCGUAAAAUUGCUAUCAAGUUACCACAAUAUCAGAUAUAAAAAAAUAAUUAAAUUAAAUUUUUUUUUUCUUUUUGCUAUCAUAAAUUUGUAAAUUUAAUUAUCAUAUUAAUAAGAUGAAAUUUUGUUGAAGUAAAAUUAUGCUAAGUAAUUAUACUUUUAUAACAACUGCAAUACUAUUGUUUAUACUGAAAAUAUUAUUUAUUUAACAAAAUUAUUUUUUAAA